AGCCGCACUUUCAUUUUCCUCUAGAUGCAGCUUUUCCUUUUGUUGGUCUUUUUUUGAAACAAGGGCAUGCAUCAAUCUAUGUGUGCUCCACUACUAAUAUCCUGAGGACCACUAACCUGAGCGGGUGGUCGUGGGGUCGUGUCCUGUGGCUACGCGGUGAAAGUGCAGGGGGCGGAUGAGCAAACAGUUCGUGUUCUAACUUCGUCCUAGUUCUGUACAUCUAACACCAUCUUGACAAGAACCAACAUGGAGACAGCUUCGAAAGAGGACGGCAAUACUAAAGCCGCAACUCUCGUCCACCCAGGCGACACCUCCGCCGGUCCGUCUUCCGGUAUCAAAAAGUUGCAGUCUCUCCGCACCCGCGCCGCGCAGAAUGUUGGCGUGUUGCAAAAGCUCUGGUCGACGACGGACGAAAACAAACAGGACAAGUUUCUCCGAAACGUCAAUUUCGUCGAGAACGAAACGGUGUACAAAGUCUCCUUAGACUUGUGGCUGUCCGUCGAAUACCCUGUACAAGAGCAUCGUACUCGUACUAAUCGCAGUCAUGCAAGACAAAUAUCUAUGCUCAAGCUAAAUUAGCAUGACAAAUUCCGUUUGUCAUGCUGAGCUAAUUUGCAUUGCAAAACUACGAGCGCGAUACUUUUGCAGUUCAUAUCGAACGGUAUGGCGAACCUGCGGUACGGAUUGCCCUGGAAACGAUGCUCGACCGAGAUUGCCGCAAUCUCGUGCUGAACAACGACUGGCCGACGUUGGAUCGGGGCGAUAGGUUUAGCCAGGUCGUGCAGAUGAAGAAAAAAAAGUGCAAGGACAACUACUUGAACUUGAAGAGCAGUAGCAUCGACCUGGAGAACGAUUGGAAGCUGAAAUUUGAAGAAUUAGCGGACGAGAUGGAGAAACUGAAGACCAAACACGCAUAUCAAAUGCAAAAAUGUCCGUGUCUGGAAGAUUCUAAACUUGUGAUGCUGUCUCUGGAUUGGAAAAAAAUUUGUAUUGCGUGACCAGUAAGAGGAGUAGAUUUUGUGUUCCGCGGGGAUGGCAUUUGUCAUGCGGAAUAGGCAACAUGAGGAAGCCGAAGCGCUCUAAAAAUCUGUGAUGCUAGGCCAUACAUUACAGGCAUUAUGCAAAAUAUGCAUGACAAACACAAAUCUUGCAAUCUCCCAGACCCAGACAUUUUUGCACUUGAUGACGCAGAUCUGGAGAAAACGAAAAACUCGUUGCAGGAGCAGCUGUGGAAGGCGCAGGCGAAACUUUAUCAAAAGGAAAAAAGCCCCCACCCCAUACCAAAACGGAGAUUUGUGUAGCAUGAUUUGCUACCACAAAUCACAUUGUCAUGCUGGAAGGCAAAAGAUGCGGACUGUAGUGCUGGCUGGCGUGGGAAAGCCUUGCACUUUCAGCAAGAGAGGAGGCAACUGGAAGUGGAAAACAGCAUGACAAACUGCCUGCAGUUCAGGCCACAGCUUCGUCUGCUCUUGGCAUUCUAGCAAUACAAGUCGACUUGUGUACGCAAAUCCAGCAUCACAAGUUUACUUUUCGAUAGGGGGAGGGGGGAUUCUUCUUUUUGAUAGUUUGGAGGGGGACGGGGAUGAAGUGCAGGCAAAGGAAAAGGAGCUGACCGGCCAGGUGGAGGAAUUAGAGGCGGAAUUGGCGAAAAUGAGGGAGAGGGGUAUAGGUCUGACACGGAUUUUAAAAAUUUGAAAUUUAUCGUGCUCUCUUCGUGAUAUUCGAUUGAUUUUCGACUGCUUGUCAUGCGCAACUACCAUGUACAUCAAUAUACAACGACCCUUCGUAGAUCGUUUAUCAACACGGUCACACGCUCACGGACAGGAAUCUGUGAUACAGAAUAAACAACACAUCUUCUAUAAUCAGCUUCCGCCUUUGAGGAUUCGAACGCCGCCGAAACCAACAAUCUCCGCGACCACUUAGACGACCUAGAGCAGAAAUACUCCGCGUUGCAUAUGACCUGCUCAAACGUUACAAUCUCAAACGUUACAAUAGAGUCUGAGACUUGUCUUGCAUCAUCGACAUGACAGACUCGGACAGCAUUCCACUUUCUGCAAUACAAAUUUCUCCAGAUUGUAUUGCGGAUUGGGACUCCUACUCCAGAACUUGUCAUGCGUAAUCCUGUGGGAGUAGGGUAGAUCAUGCACUUCUUGCAACACAAAUUCUAGAUUCUAUUGUAACGUUUGAAAUUGUAACACCUGAGCAGGUUAUAUUGCAGCUCGAGCUCUCUACCAAAGACGCGAAGAUUGAGGAGUAUGCAUUGCAAAAGUAUCAGUAUUUUCGUACUAGCAGUAAUUGCAUCACAAAUUAGCUCAGCAUUGGAAAUGGAAUUCGUCACAUAUUUCGUUCUUGGGAUGGAGAUUUGCAUAUCAUGCAUGAUUGCGAUUACUUUUACUACCAGUACGAGUGCGAAGAUACUUUUGCAUGGGAUACGGAGCUUUCCAUGGCGAUUCUGAAACAGCAGGAGCUAAUGGAGGAGGAGCAGCAGAAAUUCAAGGACCAGCUUAUGGCUUGCUCAGGUGUUACAUUCUCAACUGUUGCAUGAGUUUGUAAUGCAAGACCGGCAAGAGUGAAAGGAGGAAGAUUGCGCCUUUUGCAUUACAAGUUUGGCGCAGAUUUAGAUGCUGUCUAGUGCUUCCGAAAUUUGUCAUGCGAAGCAGCUCGAUCAUCUGCCGGCUUAAGGUGCUUUUGCAUGACAAAUCCAUGUAACAGCUGAGAAUGUAACGUUUGAGAACGCCAUACAGCUCCAGGCAAACACGACGGCCAGUAGCAACGAAGAGGAAGAGGCACGGGUCAAGAAGCAGCAAUCCGUGAAUGAGGAGGAAUUUCAAAAAAGGUUGGAGAGAGCUUUGAAGGACCAGGAACUGAAUAUGAAGAAGCAGCUGCAGGAAAACGCGACGGAGGUGGCGUCGGUGUCGAAACAGCUGAUGGAAAACAUCAAGGACUUAGAAAAAACGCUGAAAGAUUUGGAACUUGAAAACGAGGAAGUGAAGAACGAAAACAAUAUCGAAUGCAAAUAUGUUUGAGUCUGAAAGGUGGAUGUAAGGUUUGUCAUGCUUGUCUGGCAUGACUGGAGACUUUGUCAUACGUGUCCAAAAAGAGACCCUUUUGCUUGUCAUGCAAAACGCACUUUGUCAUGCCUGCGGAAAGCGCAACAAUAAGCCGCGCGAAUAUUUCUCAUGCUUGCCUGUGCAUUACAGAGAAUUCACUACUCACAACUCAGCAUUACAAGUUUCCAGACCCUCCAGACGUAUUUGUAUUUGAUAAACAAAUCUCUGAAGCAAAAACUGCAAGCGGAGAAAAAAGCCUCGGAUUCCAAAAUCAUCGAGCUGGAACAGUUGAAUCACCAAUUGGAAACCUCCCUUGGCUAUCAAAUGCACAUUUGUUUGGGUGGUCUGCAUGAUUGCAUGCGUUUGUCAUGCAUCUUUUGGAGGAGCACGCAGAUACUGUGGAUGUGGAAUGCGCACGCUAGCAUUACAAUUUUUGUUCAGGUCUCCGUCUCGUGAUGCCUGUCGCGCAUGAGAAACUCAAACUGACUACUUGUGUACGCCAAAAGUGGAUAAGUUUUUGUGCUCAUGCUGAUCAUGCAACACAAAUUUUUGUGUGAUCGGAGAUUUUCAUUUUCAUGACAAGUUCCAAUCUUUCCAGACCUAGACAGAGAGACAUAUUUGCAAUGCAUAUUGGGGAGCUACGAAUUCGGCUGCAGGAGCUGGCGAAGAAGAUUUCCGAGGCGGAGGGCCAGGGCGUGGACGAUCUGAAGGACGUUUUAGAGACCUCUGGACUGUAUGCAUUGCAAAUAUGUCUGGGUCUGGAAGGAUCCAAACUUCUCAUGCUGUCUUUGGAUUCUAAAAAAAUCUGUAUUGCAUGACCAACAAGAGGAGCCCAGAUUGUGCUACGCGGAGAAGGCAUUUGUCAUGCCGAGUAGGCAUCAGAAAGCCUUCCAAAAAUCUGUGAUGCUAAGUCAUGCGCUACAGGCGCGAUGGGUCACUCAAAAUGUGCAUGACAAACCCGGCAAUCUUCCAGACCUAGACAUGAUAUUUGCAUUUGAUAGGCUGCAGAAAUUCCUCUCCGACUGCUCGAACAGUGGGAAAUCCAUCCGAAAAAUCCACGAGAGGCUGUACCAGGAUUUCUUUAACCGGGCGAUGCGGUUGCAGAAAUUGAUUGCGGAGUACAAUUUGAUGCGGGAAGUGGAUUUGACAAAGAAGAUGGAAAAUAACCAGAUGGACAAACUAUUCCCUCCGGCGAACAACGCUUUGGGCGUAUACCCGAAUGCGACGCCGACGAACAGCUCGGUGGUGCAAAUCACCAUGAGCGGCGAUUUGGUCAAGAACGCCGCGCAUCAGCACAAGGGCACGGAUAAUCAUAGAGGGUUGACAAGUCCAACCUCUGUGGCAGCUUCGGGCACGUUGAGCAGCACAGGAAACUACAACAGCAACCAGAAGCCGCAUUUGAGCAUUCACACGAACCUCCACGCGGGUGGCCUGAUCGAAGUCAGCAAUAACGCACACACCGUCUCCCAAGCGAUACAGCCGGCAAUGAACCUCCCCGGCAUGAACGGCAACACAAUUUUGAAAAACCGCAUGCGGGCCCGGUCGGCGAACUCUAAGCGGACCACGACCUCAUUAGACCCGAGUCAAGUCCUCGUCGGCACACCGCAGCAGCUAAACCAGGUGCACAUCGUCAGAAUGCAGCCACACGACAAUAAAGUUCAACCCAUGCAGAAGAACGCGAACGUAUUUGAUUCGUCCUGGCUGAUCGCGCCCAGUCCGACCAGUGUCGCGUUUAAUACACUGAAUUUGCAGUUCACAGUAUUGUGAAGAAAAAUCUCGCCCCCUCCCCAUAUCGAAAAGGAAAUUUGUGAUGCUGAUUUGUGGCCACAAAGACAAAUUAGGUUUGUCUUGCGUACAAGGCAAACGGCAACCAUGUGGCGCAUUGUACAGCCAGUCUGUCGUGCGUUCUCGCCUAUGUCAGGCUUGUUUCUCAUGCUCAGCUGCUUCUAGCCGGAUGCGUACCUCCCAAUCCCAAACGGGCUUAGAAUUAUAUGCCGACAAGCUCUCGCAAUACAAGCAAGGCUCAUUUGUGUACACAUAUCCAGCAACACAAAUUGUCUUUUGUGUAUUGGGUGGGGGCUUUUUUCACUUUGAUACACGGGAACCAGUCCAAACGGCAGUCCAACCAGCACGACAAACCGGAGCAGCACCCUGCAGAAGAUGCAAUUGUCGAAUUCCAAGCAAAGGGUGAUGGCGCAGACAGUUAUGGAGGAGGAGCGGCAGAUGAAAAUUGACCAGGGCCGCGCUGCCGGGAGCUUCGUAGCAGGAGCAGGAGGAACAACCACGGCUUCCAGUAGAUCACCGCCACCGAGGAUCCCAAAUCAGGGGUUAGUAGCUGCGGUCGAAUCUUCUGACCCGCGAGCGGCGGCCGUAGUCGGAGAGGUGAUCGGAGAGCAAGGGUCGGCUUUGCAGCAGCAACUGGAGCAAAGGAAGCUGCGUGCGCAGUCGGAGAUGAGGCCUCCUGCUGUUUCUUCUAGUGCAAGUGCAACACAAGCAAAUGUUGAAAACAAUAACAACUCCUACCAACAUAUCAACUGCAAAAGUGUCUGGGUCUGGAAGAAUGCAGAAGUUUGUCAUGCACAUUUUCCAUGACCCAUAAGGUCUGUGAUGCAUGUCCUAGCAUCAGAGAUUCUGCGACGGCUUUCUGAUGCUCAUACCGCAUGAGAAACGCCCUCUCCGCGUAGCACAAAUUGCGCCUCUUAUGCUGUUCAUGCAAUACAGAUUUUAUGUAGAGUCCAAAGGUAGCAUCACAACUUCCAACUUUCCAGACCCAGACACUUUUGCAUUUGAUACAACAAGACGCUUCCUACCGCACACCUUCCCCCGCGAAGCCAGCCGUUUGGGAAUUCCGCCCGAAUUUGCUCCAAGGCAGCUCUUCUACGAAAAAUAGAGCAGAUAACAACCACCUUGGGCUCUCGUUGAGCGACCAGAUUAGCCAAAGUCUUUUCACCGGCGCGGCAAGCAGCUCUUCAUCGCCGAGGGGUAGGACUUUGUUACGGGGUUCGGCUUACAGUAUGCAGGGGAUCAUCCCGACCGGAAUUUCGGCGAACGGACAGAUUAAACGAACGCUGAUGUCGACCAGCUUGACGAAUGGAAUUGGGAACAACGGAGUAGGUUCAACACCUGUGAUCAACCUACAACUAGAUCCGGACGCUAAGUCAGUGGUUUCCGGUGUCGUGUCGUCCUCUUUGUCGUCCGGUAAUAUAGGUCAUCUGGAUCAGCUAUGACAGUGCACAACUCCCCCUCCCCCUCAUUUGUCAUGCAAAAUACCCAUUGCAACCUUUGUGUUUGUCUCUUGGCACUGUUUGCAUGACAAGUUCUGGUAGCCCAAAUAGCACUACACUCCAGUGCAAACUUGUGAUGCAAAACCGGCACUCUCACUGAUGCUUGUAUUGCCAUUCAUGCUAUACAAAUGAGGGGGAGGGGGAGUUGUGCACUGUCAUAUCAACACCUUCCGCAUUCAAAACUGAACCGCCCCUCGCCGCCCCCAGCUGCGGCGCUUUUCAAGAAAGGAUCAUUGACGGAAAUCAUCGAAAAUCAGAAUGCUUUGCAGAAAAGCGCACGAGCCAGGUCACUGAGCCCGACGAUUAGUGGGGUGACGUCUGUGACGAGCGGCACAACUGCAACUGGAACAGCUGGAGCGGAAAUGUUAAACAAAAACACGACCACAACUGGCAACCAGCUCUCCACUCAGCAACUUCAGCUGCCGAUUCACCAAACACCGAAAGCACCAGCGAAGAAGCUGUCCGAAAUUUUGCUCGAGAAAAACUGGACUCCCGGAGUGGGUGUCGCAGCAACUGGAAAUAACGGUGGAGAGAAGACUUCUACCGGAACAGCAAAUGCAAAUGGAACAUCAUCUACCACUUCAACCGGAGCUGGUAAUCCCAGCAAUGUGAAACAAGUCGUCGCGUCGAGUUCUUCCACGACGGCGCAAAACCUGAUCCGACUUCAAAACAGCACAGGUUCCGGCUCCUCUGCGGAAGAGGAAGAGAAACUCAACGAGUUACCGAUGGGACUGAAAUUCGGAUCGGAAUUCGCGAAGAAAUCGUCCGUAUCAAUUGCAAAUAUGUCUGGGUCUGGAAGGUGGCAACUUGUCAUGGUAAAUCUGAAGCAUGCAAAAAUCUGUGUUGCGUGAGUGCCAAAAGCUGUCCACUUUUGUUUUUGACCAAGAUGGAGGAAGGGAGUUUUUCAUGCAGGAUAGGCAAGGCAGUGGCAGAGACCUCGCAGAGUCUGUCAUGCUAAGUUCCGCAUUCCAGACCUCAUGGGUCAUGGAAAAUCUGCAUGGUAUCUGGAAAAUCUGCAUGACAAGCUUAGUUACACUUUUCCAGACCCAGACAUUUUUGCACUUGAUAGUCCGCAAUCCACUUGUAUAGUCAGCACUGGCGGUAUCGCCAGAAAAAACUGUUUCACUGUAAACUUGUAAUGCAGAAAUUGCAUCUCACAAGUGUUUGUCUUGCUACACAUGCAAGACAGUGGAUUUUUAGCUGUGUUUUCCCUUAGGAACCUUGCAUGGCAAAUUUUCUCUGUCAUGCAGAACAAACUUGUGAUGCAAAACCUGCAAAAUCCUUACAGUGAAACACUUUUUUCGUACGAUAGGCGGGGACGGGAGAAAGUUUUGAAGAACCACUACAACAGUACUAGUGGUUCUGCGAAUCAUUCCCAUUCCUGUUCCAACAAUAAUUCUAUCAAAUGCAAAAAUGUCUGGGUCUGGAAACUUGUGAUGCUGGGCGGCGUCUCAUGAGGAGACCACAAGUGCUGGCUCAGCAUGACAAGUUUGUGACCUUCUAGGUGUUGCCUAUUCUGCAUGACAAACUGCGUCUCUGCAUGACAGAAAAAUGGAGCUCUUGGGUAACGUGCAUGACAGAUAUAAGAGUCAUGCCAGACAAGCAUGACAAACAUCCACUCUUCCAGACCCAGACAUUUUUGCAUUUGAUAAAUUCCGUCCAGGAACCAAACACUCCCUCGAUGGAAAACAACUCGCUCAUUUCCCAUAUGCCAUUCUCAAACGUUACAUUCUCAACGGUUACAUAUUUUGUCAUGCAAAAUGCCUAUAAAGCCGCCAGACCAUCGAGCUGCUUCGCACGACAAAAAAUUCUCGCUCGAAGGGCUAAACAGCAUCUGAAUCUGUGCCAAAUUUGUGAUGCGAGACUUGCAAGCUCGCCCCUUUCCCUAUUGCUUUUUUUGCAUGACAAGUCUCUCGGUAGAGAUCGCUUUGCCCGUGCUUAUUCCACUCAGAGUUUGCUGGGUAGGUGGCUACCGUUUUAAGUUUAUAAACGAAUGGGACGCCCUGCCCUUAGCCUUCCAACAUGACAAAUCCUUGUUGUAGCAGUUGAGAAUGUAACGCUUGAGAAUACCAUAUCCCAUUCGAUGAAAACCACCUCCCACUCUUUAGCCCCUUCCUUCGUCGCCCAGCCCAACAGCAAGGGGAAUGUGGUGCAGUUCGGCACGCACAUUUCCUUCUACCAACGAAGCGUGUCCGAGGAUAGGUCCUUGACCAGCAGUGUGUCGGAUAAUUACCCAGAUUCGAUGCUGAACUCCCCCAUGUCCAGCAUGUUCCGACGCAGCUUGUCACCGGGGACGAGGUUUUUUGCAACAAAUUCUCUGGUUUCCCCCUACGCGCGGCAGAGCAGGAAUUUAGGGAAGGGCACAGCUAGUAAUAUGCGGAAUCAACAGCGGAUGUUUCUCUUGCGGCCGGUGAAGCAAGAAUUGAUAUUGGAUGAGAACAGCACUAGUUGUGCGGGUCUUGUCUCGUCUGGGGGUGCAGGAGGUGCGGGAAGUACUAGUGGUGCAAGUGGUCUUCAUGCUGUCGUGAACAACGCUAUGCCCACGUCGGUACACAGUGCGCAGGUUGAGAAAAUGAAAAACCAGCAACGGGAGUCGAGUGUGGGAAAUAGUGGUGGUGCCGUGCGGGAUCAGAGUGUUCCUGGGAAGAAUCAUCUUGGAACAAAUGCGAAUGCGAACAAAUCCAGAUCUCCCUCUCCGGAUAACAAACAGAAAUUUGUUUUACGCCCGAACGGAGUAGUCCUCUUCCCGACGACACAAAACAACAGCUCAGGAGAGCAGGGAGUUCUUCCGUUAGAAGGGAUGUCAGCGCCAACGUCUGUGAUGCAGGGUGCGAAAGUGAUCGUGCCACCGGUGAAUUUGCCGCAAGUUGUGAACAUCAAUGCGUCGUCGUCUACUGCGUCGCUGACCAAAGUGGAUCUCGGACUGCCACCGGUGAUCAACGAGUAUCAGAUGCAAAAAUGUCUGGGUCUGGGAGAUUGCAAGCUUUGCCAUGCAUAUUUUGCAUGAUCCAUAAUGCCUGUAAUGCACGGCCCUAGAAUCACAGAUUUUUAGAGCGCUUCCGCAUGGUGCCUAUUCCGCAUGACAAAUGCGAUCUCCGCGGAGCACAAAAUCUAUUCCUCUUACAACUGGUCACGCAAUGGAAAUUUUUUUCGAAUCCAGAGACAGCAUCACAAGUUUUGAAUCUUCCAGACCCAGACAUAUUUGCAGUUGAUAAUGAGCAAGAGGAUUCCAUUUCCCAAGCGGAAUCGUUUCUAAUGCUGCGAUAUGCAUUGCAAAAGUAUCGUACUAGUAGUAAUCGCAAUACAAAUUAGCGCAGCAUGACAAAUGCAAUUUGCCAUGCUGAUUCGGCUUGGUAAGGCGAUUUGUCUUGCAUGAUUGAGAUUAGUACGAGUACGAUUCUUUUGCAAUGCAUAUGCGAUCGAGUAUUUUGCCGCCGCCAAAGACGAAUCCGAACAGGAGUAAGAACAUAUGCACUGCAAAAGUAUCGUAGUCGUAGUAAUUGCAUUCAUGCAUUACAAUUUUUUUUCCUAAGGUAAACCCGCAUUAGAAAUUUUAUUUCUCAUGCUGAGGAAAUUUGUAUUGCAAUUACUACUAGUACGAUACUUUUGCAGUUCAUAGAACAGUUGGACAAACAAAAAUGCAGCGGUGAACAACCACGCGACUAGUGGGGUGUCGUUUCUGAAGAGUAACAUUAACAGCGCGGCGGGAGCGACGUCGUCCAAAGUAGAUAAUCGUCCUCCAGCGGCCGCAGUUAUGAGCAGCAUAGCGGCGAAUAAUGCAAACAACAAAAUUGCUGUGCCAAAGUUAAUCAAUUUGGAGCCCUUUGGAGGCGGAGCCAGUUCUGGUGCCGGUGCGGGCGGUGCUGCGUAGAAAUUGCCCAGGGUGGAGAUAAUAAAUUACAGAACGCUGUAGGGCUACGCAUACUGUGGGUAAUAUACGCAGAUACAACUACCUGGUAGGACAAACACACGCUAAAGCAGUUGUCAAAGUACUUUUAGCAAAGGACGGGCCUAUAAUUUCUGUUCUCAUUUGUGGCACCACGAGCAAAGGUUUAUAGCAAGCGAUGCAAGUAGAAGUUGGAAGAUUAACCUCGAUUUUCGUUAAAAGCUUUACACGGUUUUACAUUUUGUGAGCUCGUUCGUGCAGUACCUAGAAUAGAAGUUUCACAAUCGGAAAAAGAACCUGCUUGAUGAUGAAUCAGAAUCGUUUUUUGAGAAUCACAUUUCACAUCGAUAUAGCAGCACUCGUAUGUGCUUUGCGUUUGAAUCGUUUUUUGGUAAUCAUGUACAUGUUUUUAUGGCCAUAUGUUGUGAAUAGACAAGUUUCGGAUACCAAAUAUGCAUUGAGUUUUUCUUGGAUACUCUAUUACAGCAGGAACGCUAGAGCUAUGUUUCUUUCUCUG